AUGAGCGCUUCAUUGUCCAAGGAAUGGAGGGAUAAGUACAGCGUCCGAUCCAUUCCUAUUAGAAAGGAUGACGAAGUUCGCAUUGUACGUGGUACUUAUAAAGGUCGUGAUGGAAAAGUGACGCAAGUUUAUCGUAAAAGAUGGGUCAUUUAUAUCGAGCGUGUUAGUAGGGAAAAAGUAAAUGGUUCCACUGUACCAAUUGGUAUUCACCCCUCGAAUGUUGUUAUCACAAAACCAAAGUUAAAUAAGGAUCGAAAGAUUUUGUUGGAGCGAAAGAGCAAAGCUAAGUCGAAGAAUAAGGGUAAAGCGGCUGAAGUUGAUACCGAAAUUGAUGGAUAG